GUCCCAUCUAGCACAGCUGACCGCGGAUAGCCGAAGGCAACGCGGAGGAGAACAAAAGUGACGGAUUAAGCAAGGCUUGAUAAAAGGAUGUGCACGCCUUGCCAAAGGUGUAAACUGUGGGAUGAGCACCUGUACAAGAAUUUGGAUGAUGAAAAGAAGUAUUUUUUGGUUCUUAUGAUGGGUGAUUUCCAAGAUGGGAUGAUAAUACCAGAAGAACUUGUGCGGCGUUUGAAAGGCAAAAUUCCAAGAAAGAUCAAGCUAAAUACCCAAAAUGAUCAGAGUCACAUUAUUGCUGUUGCCAAGAACCAAGAAAAGCUUGUCCUUACAGUGGGUUGGAGUCAAUUUGUCGAAAGCUAUGAUCUACAGAUGGGUGAUUCCUUAAUAUUUAAUUACAAUGGAGACUCUCAGUUUAAUGUCAUACUAUUUGAUAAACUUGGUCGAGAGAAGGCAUUAUCGGCUGUUAUGGAUCCUUUUAUGCCUCAGGUCCAAGAUAGGCGCAGCGACACACAUGAAACUGGGUCUGAUAAGAACAUGGAUGCGCCUUGUGAAAGAUGCAAAAGCUGGCUUGAAUAUCACUACAUGAACUUGGAUGAUGAAAAAAAGAAUUUUUUGAUGCUUAUGAUUGGUGAUUUUCAACAUGAGAUGAUCAUGCCAGAAGAAUUUGUUCAGCGUUUCAAAGGCAAGAUCCCAGGAGAAAUCAAACUUGAAACACAAAAUCGUUGUAGCUACAUAAUUGAAGUUGUCAGGAACCAAGAAAAGUUUGUCCUUACAGCGGGAUGGGGAAAAUUUGCUGAAACCUUCGGUCUAAAGAUAGGUGACACUAUAAUAUUCAGAUACAAUGGGAACUCUGAGUUCAGUGUCAUAAUCUUUGAUGAACUUGGCUAUGAGAAGGCAUUAUCAGCUGUUGUGGAUCCUUUUCUGCCCCCUGUGCAAGAAAGGCAUACAAGUGCUACUGAAACUGUAAAGAGUUCGGAUUUUCAUCCCCAGCUCACGGAAAUGCAGCCACUUACCACAGUGAAUAGGCUGCCAAUGGAGUCACAACGAACAGAAAGACAGAGGCGGCUCCGAAAGCACAAGUCAUGUCAAAACAACUGGACCACAAUGUAUUCAUACUCUUCUCAGGCAUCAGAAGAUUCUUUCUCCUCUGAAGAUGGCCAUGGACUAGAGUAUCUUCCUGGUUCCAAUUACACUGUCAGGAAGAAGAAGAUGAGUCUAUCUUCAAUUCAAAAGGAGCAUCUGAAGGAUGGUUACAUUACUACCCAUAGGACUAAACUAACUUCAGAUCAGAUGGAAGAGGUGAAGCGGAAGAUCCACUCUAUACACUCAGAGAUCCUCAUCUUUGUUGCUGUGAUGGGCAAGUCCAACCUUGAUUCAAAAUGCUUCCUGACUUUCCCCAGCACCUAUGCUGAGAAAUAUCUUCCAGAGGAGACACAGUUGUAUCUUCAGCUGCUUGACAAGGAAUGGGAAGUAUCCGUUACUCAUAAUAGUGCACGUAACGAGAAAAAACUCGGAAGCGGAUGGCAACAGUUUGUGAAGGACAACAAUCUGAAGAUGGGUGACAUCUGCCUUUUCGAACUGUUGAACAAUUCGAGCAGGUGCACCAUGGAAGUCUAUAUCAUCCGCGUAAACGAUGGCAAUUGAUCGAUAUGGCAUAGUGAUGUUGUUGCAGAAUUUCCGGAGAGCGGUGGAUUGGUAAUGCAUUUCGUUGGCUAGUGUAAUUCCUGUUGACGCUGGUAGUGCUUUUGUAUUGGCUA